AGUACCCUGUUGGAGCAGCUGGGUGCGCUGUCACAUCUGAAACUUUGCCCUGCGGGGUUUGGGCCAAUUCCGGAGCUGGUCUGUAAGUGUAAUCCAGCCCCUGUCCUGCGCUGCCUCUCAGAAAACACACAAGUUUUAGAGAAAGACGAUAACACGGAGCCGAGAGGACGAGGAGGAGGAGAAGCAGGAGGAGGAGAGUAAAGCGUGAGAAUGAGUCGGCAACAUAUCCGCACACAGAUGGAAGGAAUACACGGAUAAAGUGAUUACCUAUCGAUUAGCGAUCGGAUGUCAUAGCCGUGUGUAAAAUAGAAGAAAGAAGAAAAGCGGGAGAAACAUGAGCCGGCAGCCGAUGGAGUCACAGGGAGUGGUUUUAACGGGUUACCACAGCAACGCGGAACUGUUGCAGCAAACUGGACCGUGUGAGUCCAGCUGUCCGCCGGUCCCGGACGCCGAGCACACCGUAUACAGCCGCAAAACAGGCCAGUACACCCUGCAACACAGCCAGAAUGGACAACAAGGAGACAGAUAUGGCACUUCUGCUUCUUCUACCACCGGCAGCACAGAAACCAGCAGCACGGAGCCAAUGUCACUACCCAGUCAAAAUUCUGCAAUCCAGCAUUCCUCCAGCCCCAAGCUUGGAUCCAGCCCCAAGACUGUCUCCAGCCACAGCCACAGCCCCAGGCACAGCCACAAUUCCAGGUCCAGACCAUCGCCCGCAUGUCAGCGCUACAACUCUCAGGACUCUUUGGACGAGCUGCAGAUGGACGACUACUGGAAGGAGGUGGAGAAUAUUUCAUCCUCGGGCAGCGCAGGAGAGAGGGGAGAGGGAGAAGUUCAAGAGGAGGAACCGCAGAAAAUUCCUGAAGAGGGUGAGCAGGAGGAGGCGUGGCUUGCAGAAGCAGGUCUAGCACAGCUUGUCGAUCAUUCAAUCACAGCGGAUCAGGAUCAGGAAGAAGACAGUGCAGUUUUCCUUUCCACGCUCACCAGGACUCAGGCGGCGGCCGUAGAACGUCGCGUGGCAUCAGUGCAGCAGACCUUAAGGCGACGUAACCGGCAACAACUUCCUAAUGUUCGAGAUAUAUUCCGACCCCCUGAUAAGCAGGAUGAGGAGCCUCAAAAAUCCGAAGAGGGAAGUGAGAAUGGACAGAAAGGUUCAACCGAAACGGAGACAGAGCUGAAUGUUGAAGUGGCAUUUUCAGAGCAGGCGCUCAGUUACAGGGACAACCACCAAAGUUUUAAGGUCACCCCGAGCCCUAACUCUGCUGACGACAAACUACCGAACUUUAAGCUGCUCCGAGAUAAAACGGGUCAGACGCGAAUAGGAGACCUGUCUCCUCUGGAUAUGAAAAAGGUGCAUAGACUGGUGCUUGUGGAGAUGACUGCUCUGUUUGACACUUCUGGGAUAGACCUCAAGCCAGCCAAGGCCCUGAAAGUGAAGACUAAAGAAAGUGGAUUGUUUGGGGUUCCUCUUACCACUUUAUUGGAUCAGGACCAGAGACGGUUUCCUGGAACCAAAGUGCCAUUGAUACUGCAGAAGAUUAUCAAUCAUAUCGAGGAGGAAGGAUUACACACAGAGGGCCUUCUUCGGAUCCCUGGAGUAGCCACUAGAGUCAAGUUGCUGUGCCAGGAUCUUGAGUCUUCCUUCUAUGAUGGGACAUUUUCAUGGCAACAGUUGAAACAGCACGAUGCUGCUAGCCUUUUGAAGCUGUUUAUCAGGGAGCUACCCCAUCCACUACUGACCGUGGAGUACCUCAAUGCAUUUAUUGCUGUUAACAAUCUCCCCACAAAGAAGCAGCAGCUACAGGCUUUAAACCUGCUCAUCCUUUUGCUACCUGAAGCCAAUCGAGACACUUUGAAGGCACUGGUGGAGUUUUUCCAGCGUGUCAUUGAAAAUCAGGCCAAGAAUAAAAUGACCUUGAACAAUGUCUCUGUCGUCAUGGCGCCCAACAUCUUCAUGUUUAAAGGCUUUCGGUCCAAGGUUACAGAACAACAGGAGUUCUCCAUGGCAACCAGCACAGCCAACAUUGUCCGUCUGCUGAUCAGAUAUCAAAAUCUCCUGUGGACUAUCCCCAAGUUCAUUAUGAAUCAGGUCAGGCACCAAAACAUGGAAAGUCAGAGGAAGCAAAAAGAGAGAGCUGUACGGAAGCUGCUGAAGAAGAUAGCCAUUGAAAGACCGUCUGAGAAAACUAUCCCUGAGGAGACCUCCCAGGGGAUUAUCAGAGUCCACGCACCACAGUUCAGUAAAAUUUCUAUGGCAGUUCAACUUACCGAAGACUUGCAGGCUUGUGAUGUGUUAACACGCUUCCUGAGCCAAGACAGCUCAUUGGCAGUAAAAAAAGAUGAUUUGUGUCUCUAUGAGAUCGGCGGAAACAUCAAGGAAAGAUGCCUAGAUGGGGAAACAUAUAUGAAAGACCUCUACCAGGUGAACCCUACAGCAGAGUGGGUCAUCAGAGCUAUGCAGCGAUGAGUUCAUCAGGCCCUGCUUCAUGCUGGACCUCUCUAAAUUGUCACCAUUGUGUCCUGAAAGAAGAGGCGCUGCCUUGUUGUCUGUGGUUCUGGAUGCACUUGGAGUUUUCAUAUGUAGCAUACAUAUAGAUACUUUUAAUUGAUCCUCAAAUUUGCCACAAAAUGCACAUUUUCUAAUGGAAGAACUCAUCAAAGCAUAUUUUAUGUUAUGUGGAAAUACGUGUCCUUUUUAGUUUAUUGCACAACUUAAAUUCCCAUACUUUUUUCUCAAUGGGGAAAAAAGGAAAAUUAUUAUUAUCAUUAUUAUUAUUAUUAUUAACAGGAGAUUAUAGAGAUUAAUAGUUUGGUGCAGAAAACUAAUAUUGAUUAAAUCAUAAAUCACUCAUGAAUAAAUACUGGUCCAUUUUUGUGGGCUAAUUAUGAUUUUUUUUUUUUUAAAUCUGUUUAUAUGUCUAUUAAAAGUCCUAAAAAUGAUGUGUACAGCCACAUUAUUAAAUAGCAUUGAAUCUGAGCAUUUCACCAGGAAGGAUGCUUUGGAGUGAAAGGAGAGCUUUGGGGCUCUGAAGCUGAAAGGUUUUGUAAAGCAGUGGUUUAUUUUUUAGCAUAGAAGAAAACUGAUCAAAAACAAUGGAUGUGUGAGUGUUUUACCCUACUCUACAAUGUGAACAAGCACAUGUGUACGUCAUACACAUGCAGUACUGUGUGUGUCAAGUUCACUUUAAGUAUUGUUUUAAAGGGAUGGACUGCUGACUGGAUGAUACAUUUGCAUGUGCUGGGCUCCAAACGUCUCUGUUCAUUUGUUGUUUUAUUCAUUUUUGGCUCAGUAACAUCCACAGUGUGGACAUGAGCUGAUAUAUUCUACUUUGGCAAAACAUGCAUUUAGACAGGAAUAGAAAAUCCCCAUUUUAUGUUUUUUUUGGCAUCUAUUUGUGUUUCUCUCAGUUUUCAACAAAGGUCUUAUCAGAUUUAGUGCAGUUUCUCACAGUUUCAGCAGCCUGUGGAGGAUUGUGUCUGCACAAUAGAGCCACUUCUUUUAUGUAUAGCUAGGGAGUAUUCAAAACUAAUGACUUUGGGUUUAUUUUGAAUGAUUUAGAUUUUUUUUUUCUUUUGGAAGAUCUUGUUUUUCUCUGCCUUGUGUCGUUUACUGUGAUUUUUUUCAGAUUACUGUUUUUGUGUAACUGCCUCUGAAAUGACCACUAAAACUGCCUGUAAAUAAACAUGCAGUUAUUAAUUACCA